AUGACACCCAAAGUCCUCAUCGUCCUCACUUCUCACAACAAGAUCAACGCCACCGGUAGUCCAACCGGCUGGUAUCUGCCCGAAUUCGCCCAUCCCCACGAAGUCCUGCACGGCAAGGUCUCUCUCACAAUCGCCUCGCCCAAAGGCGGCGAAGCACCACUGGACCCAAACUCCGUGAAAGCGUCGGAGGAAGAUGAAGUGGCGCAGAAGUUCUUGAAAGAGCAGAAAGCUCUCUGGACGAACACGCACAAGUUGGAGGAUAUCCUUCCGCGUGCGGGCGAGUUCGAUGCCAUUUUCUAUGUUGGCGGCCACGGACCAAUGUUCGACUUGACUACCGACCCUGUCUCCCUGGCUCUGAUUCAGACUUUCGCGGCUGCCAAUAAGCCUGUCGCGGCUGUCUGCCACGCCCCUUGCGUGCUGCUCAAUGCAACAGCUCCCUCUGGCGUGCCGCUUAUCUCCGGUGUUAGUGUGACCGGAUUCUCUAAUGCCGAGGAAGAUGCUGUGAAUCUGUCUUCUGCGAUGCCGUUUAUGCUUGAGACGGAGUUGGGCCGCGUUACUGGUGGAAAGUAUGUUAAGGCUGCUCAGCCUUGGGGGGAGAUGGUUGUUGUUGGGAAGGCGGCUGGCACUGGGUCGACUAUUAUUACUGGGCAGAAUCCGUCGUCGGCAGGGGGAGUUGGUAAAGCGAUUUUGAAGGCUUUGGGUUUGUAG